UCUUCAAUGUUUUGGAUUCGCGGCUGGUGUUUUCUCUGGUUCUUUUCAAGUUAUUAGUUAAUAAGAUAUUAUUGCAAGUGACGAAGCGGAUUCGAAUCGCAUGAGAAAAGUAGGCUAUGUUUUAAAGGCAUAAGAUAAACAGGUCGUUCACAUACAUUUGACCAUGGAUGACAAGGUGACGCCUGACAUGGAGGCUCUGGAGAUGAGGUUGCAGGAGGGUGAAGUGGACUCCCAGCAGGUACUGGAGCAUCAAGUGAAGGCCAACCGGCUCCUGAGACAACAACUUGACGACCUUCAAAAGAGACUGGAUGAGAAAGAGAACCAAUUAAUUGAAGCAAACGAGAUCAUCAGGGCCCUGAGGGAUGAGGUGCAGACACUACAUAGACAGCUGAUGCAACAGACAUCGCAUCAACAGCUGGAGCAGCAGACAUUGCAUCAACAGCUGGAGCAGCAGACACCGCAUCAACAGCUGGAGCAACAGACACCGCAUCAACAGCUGGAGCAGCAGACACCACAUCAACAGCUGGAGCAGCAGACACCGCAUCAACAGCUGGAGCAGCAGACACCACAUCAACACCUGGAGCAGCAGAGACGGCUGAAGCUCACCCGUCAAAGCACAGUCGCCCUCUCACCACCAAAGAGAAGGGCACCACACAAAUUUGUGACCUUCAGAGUUUGUCUCCUCUCUGAUCCUCAUAUGCAUAUAUUGUCCCGACAAAAGGGGAAUGCCUCCAGAAAAAUCAAGGUGCCGACGUCUUUGUCUGCCAAGGAGUUCCACAGUUUCCUCAGAGGUGCGUUUCCUAGAUUGGGCAACACUGAUUUCCAGUUUGUGAAGGUAGAUGGCCACAGAAGAAUUAAAACACUUCAAGUUUCUCCAGUGACCCCAUCUGUGUUGAAAACCAGCGGAGAGCUUGGACGCUCAGCCCUGUAUAUUCUCCCAAAGGAAAUACUGGGAAAGGAUGUUUGGAACCCCCAAAAAAGGAGUCAUAAUGCACAGGAGACCCAUACACCCCCUAGUGUCCAGGUUACUGUGCAGACAGAUGCUGCUUUACAGGUUGGAAAUGGUGACUCCCAUGAAACCAUGGAUACAGCAGAUGCUGAUACCAGUUCUAAUGCCUCAGAUUGCCAUAGCGAUCCCGAUCCUGAUGAUCCAGAGUCUGGUAGCUCGGACACAGAAAGGUCACCACAAAGGUCACACAAGGACCAGGAUGUUCCAUCACAGAGCCCACAGAGCCCUCAGCUGAGACCUCCAUUAGAAACCAGUAAGGACCAGGAUGUUGCAUCACAGACCGCACAGCUGAGACCUCUAUUAGAAACCAACAACGACCAGGAUGUUACAUCACAGACCCCACAGACACCUCAGCUGAGACCUCCAUUAGAAACUAACUGUGCCCUCAAGACUUCGGUGUAUUCGAGCCCAGCAAACCUCCUCCUCAUUUGCACCUCAGAGGACGAUCCAGAAGACCGCCCAGUGUCUCUUAGUGAUGUUGCAGAGGGACCAUCCCAGCAGGUGCCCUUGCAUGUGGUGUCAGUGAAUCUUGAAGACUGCCGUGGAAUGCUGGGGCCCGAUGGAGUUUAUAAGAUACAAACAGAAAACGGGGACCACGGUGAUGAAGGCAGCUCUGACUACGAUCAACACGAUGAUGAUGAUGAUGAUGAUUAUGAUGAUGGAGACGGUGACUAUGACCCCACAAUUGAAGACUUGGACUCCUGUUCUGAUGAUGGAGACACCGCAAGUGCACCUGAGGAGCAAAGAAGAGAUGGACUGACCGAACAGACUGAGUUGGACCAGAAGCUGCAUUCCUGCACUGAAGGCUUGGACUCCUGUUCUGAUGAUGGAGACACCGCAUGUGCACCCGAGGAGCAAAGAAGAGACGGACAGACAGAACAGACAGAGUUGGAACAGAAGCUGCAUUCCUGCACUGAAGACUUGGACUCCUGUUCUGAUGAUGGAAACACCGCAUGUGCACCUGAGGAGCACAGAAGAGAUGGACAGACAGAACAGACGGCGUUGGACCAGAAGCUGCAUUCCUGCAGUGAGUGUAGUAGGACCUUUCUCAAACUGAACUCCCUCAGUGCUCACCAAAGAAGACAUCAUAAAAAGACGUCUCCUCCUCAAAGUCCCUGUGAGUCUAAAGCACAAGGACAAAGGAUGCGUCUUGAGUGCAAAGGCCAGACAGGCAAGAGAAAAACUGACCGUGUCAAGUCUCAUGAGUGCAGGGAUUGUGGAAAGGCAUUUUCGUUCCCAAGCCAGCUUUCUGUUCACCAGAGAGUGCAUACCAGAAAAAAUCCGCCCACUACUGCCGUGUUGGAAAGCACAGAGUCAUCGUCAUCGCCUCGCAAGAAAAGUCUCAAGCGUGCCCAGAAAUCUUAUGAGUGUAAAGAGUGUGGCAAAAUGCUUUCAAGUGCAUCGAGUCUCUAUGUUCACCAAAGAAUCCACACAGGAGAAAGGCCUUAUACAUGCACAGAGUGUAACAAAGGUUUUGCUCAGUUAGGCAACUUGCAUGAACACCAAAGAAGACACACACAGGAUAGACCGCAUCAUUGCUCCCUUUGCUCAAAGAGGUUUAUAACAUCAACUAAAUUAAAAGAACACAUACGGAUUCACACUGGGGAAAGACCAUACUCCUGCACCCAGUGCACCAAGAGCUUCCAGAGUUCGACUGCACUUAAGGUGCACCAGCGAAGUCACACAGAUGACAAGCCUUUUAUGUGUUUGCAGUGCGGUAAAAGGUUCAAAACUAGAGCCAUGGUCGCCAAUCACAACAAAACGCAUACAGGUGAAAAACCUCACCUCUGUCAGUAUUGUGGCAAGACUUUCUUAUCCUCCUCAAAACUGGUCAUACACCAGAGACGUCACACAGGAGAGAAACCACAUAAAUGUUCAGAGUGUGAUAGCAGUUUUACUAACAUAUCAUGUCUCAAAAAACAUAAACGGCGACACACAGGUGAAAAACCUCACCUUUGCUCCGUUUGUGGGAAGGCCUUCGCUCGUGUAGAUGCUCUUAAGACGCACCAGAGAGUUCACACUGGAGAGAAACCUUACCAGUGCAAAAUAUGUGAGGAGAAGUUCAGCUACAUACAAAGUCUGCAAUUACACCAGAAGAGGGAGCAUGCUGUCAGGAAUUCAGCACAGGAACAGCACAGCACAGGAACUCAAAUCACAUGAAUGUCUAACUUAUAAUUCAUGAGUACAUGACUAUUUGAAACUUCAACUUGGAUGUCUUUUGAGAGGAAAGUGGACAAGGCUGUAAAUAGCCUCCUUUAGUGAACACUAAGAGAGGCUGUAGACCAGCAGUAUUUCUAGGGGACAUGGGGGGCUGACCACACAAGCGACCCACUGAUCACUUGGUGUAAAUUAUGUAUUAUAAGGGGCUGUUGGCCAGUAGUGGUGCAAAUCAAGGGGGUGGGGGGAGUGGGUGGGGGUUGACUUGUUGUGCCAUCAUCGAUGCUAGGUUCUUACACUGGGCUGGAAAUUUCUAGCCACACCCCUGGCUCACAGUGUUGCUUCAUGUUUACAUAGUGGCCAGUCUGCAGCCAUUGUUUUUUUUUUUUUAAGUAAAGAUUUGUGGAUGAUGUUCAACAGAAGUUGGUUUAUAUUAUUAUGUAUAAAUUAAAUUAUUUGAUUUGUUGAAUCACAGUGUCAGAGAUCAGAUAACAAAUGCUAGCAUCCAUUUUGUUAGCACGUCUGUUGCUGCAGGGUUCCAGGCCCAGGCUGGAAUAGAACUGAGCCAAGCAGUAUCCUACACGCUACAUCUUUUUUAAUGUGUUUUUUUCCCUGGUGGAUGGGUGUGAUUACUUCUUACAUUUCUAUGAUGGUAGAGGUUGGAAUAGGACCACGGUAAGUAUUACCAUUCAUAAGAGUGGGUCUGGAGUGUGAAAAUGAUCAUGGUGAAAAUGAAACGAUGGGGAGGUGGUAGCACUGUGGCUAAGAAGCAUGCAGUAGCCUGAAACUUUGUGAAUUCAUUUCCUGGCUUCGAACAAUGUGCCCUUGAGCAAGGUACUUCACCAUUGUUGCUCUUGGUAGAGCGCCCCCUUGUAAUAUAAUUGACAUAUGAAAGUCGCUUUGGAUAAAAUGAAUAAAUGAUUAAAAAUGAAGAAUUAAGAACAAAGUUGAUGACGUACAUAUAACCUUAAUUACGAAGUACCUUUUUACUUCCCAGUAGAUUAUAGGCUAGCAGCCUUAGUUUUAUGAAAAACAAUUGGGCUAUGGGGCUAUAAUAUAUAAACUAUAUUCGAAAAAAGGUAUUUGGAAGUCAAUUAUAAUGAAAUAUAAGCCAGUUCAGUUUUCAGUUUCAGUAUUAGUCUGCCUUUGAAAAGAAGGUAGG